AUGUUCCUGACGUCCGCAGGAGUACUUCUACACUGCGCUCAUGAAGUAUCGAGACGAGUACUUGAAAACUACGCCAGAAGCCCUGGUGGCGGAGAAGAUGACGCCCUCAAUGGGCUUCGGCAUGUCCAGAUCCCACAACGAGAUGCGGCGCAGACGCCCGUCAAACGCCCAGUGGGCGCGAACGCUUCUUCACCUGCGCCUCCACCCGGGACGCCAGUCAACCUCUCGUUUAAUGUGCCUUCCUCGUCCAACGUUGCCGGUCCUGAAAUGGGGGACAUAAUACAUGCGAGUUCUGGCGGAUUCUCCCGUUGGGCCCAUCCGGAGGGAACGGAAGAGGGCACUAGGCUAUUCGGCAAGCGACAAUCAUCACGAGAAGCCAUCGUCUGA